AUGGGUCAGACGACCGAAAACAUCGUUUCGACGAAAAUGCCGUUUGUAGGGAUAAAUCGAUACAACCCGCCCAGCCUGGCCCCAGCCCUGGGCCCAGUCUGCCCGUCCAGCCCUGGCCAGCCUGGCCCCAGCCCACCAGCUCUGGCUAGCCCCGCCCCAGCCCCGCUCAGCCCUGGCCCCAGCCCAGCCCCGUUCCAGCCCUGGCUCAGCCCGCCUCAGUCCUGGCUCAGCUCAGCCCGUCUGUGCCCCGCUCAGCCCCGCUCCAGCCCGCCCCAGCCCCAGCCUGCCCGCCCAGCCGUGCCUGCCCCUGGGCCCCAGCUGCCUGGGCUCAGCCCCCGCCCCCUGCCUGCCCGCCUCAGCCUGCUCAAAGCCCCGCCUCAGCCACCGCUCUGCCCGUGCCUCAGCCCGCUCAGCCCGGCCUCAGCCUGCCUCAGCCUCAGCCGCCUCAGCCUGCCUCAGCCUGCCUGCCUCAGCCUGCUCCCAGCCUGCUCAGCCCAGCCUGCUCAGCCCCCGCCCAGCCUGCUCAGCCAGCCUGGCUCAGCCUCACCAGCCUGCCCAGCCCACCAGCCAGCCUGGGGGCGAACGGUCGAAGCCAGACCACCCUACGAGACGCUACAACGAGUGCGGAGACAUCACACAUUGUCAGGGGGCGAACGGUCAAACCUGACCACCCUGAAGACUGCCGGUGCCAGCAACCGUGGUAGCAGUAAUACCGUUAUACGAACACUCGUGCAGCCGUACGACGGCUCUGCCGAGGGGCUGGACGCAUUUUUGGAUGCCACUAACUUGUUAGAGGAGAUAACAGCAAACAAUAUGGUACCCAGGGCCAUAAAAUUCUUGAAAACACGUCUUACUGGCAAAGCCAGGCUGGGAUUACCAGAAAACCUCAACACAAUUGACGAACUAGCGCAAAACGUCAAACAACGAUGCGCUAACAAAAUCACACCAGACAAUGUGGUGGCAAAACUGAGAGCGGUUAAGCAGAAAGGAUCUGUAGAAAAUUUUUGCGACGAAGUAGACACGCUUACAAACAAACUGAAGGCGGUCUACAUCGAGCAGGGUAUUCCAUGCAAUUAG